AUGGUAACACUGGCAACUAGUACCAUAGGAGUAAACUGGGGGACAGUGGCCACACACCUUCUGCCUGCCCAAAAUGUGGUCAAUAUGCUGACAGACAAUGGUUUUGAUAAGGUGAAGUUGUUUGAUGCGGACAGGAGCAUAUUAGAAGCGUUGUGUGGGACCAACAUUCAAGUCAUGGUUGCGGUACCCAAUUACAUGCUGGAGGAGAUUAGCCUCGACCCAGGUGCUGCUACAUCAUGGGUGGAAGAUAACAUUACAGCUUAUGCUUAUCCUGGAGGUGUCAACAUCAGGUAUGUAGCUGUGGGAAACGAACCCUUUCUCAAAGCCUACAACGGCACCUACUUGAAACAGACGCUGCCAGCACUGAGAAACAUUCAGGAAAGCAUCAACCGGGCCGGGCUCGGUUCACAAAUCAAAGCAACCGUACCCUUCAACGCCGACAUCUACAACUCCCCCGACUCUAACCCUGUUCCCUCCGCAGGGGACUUCAGACCCGAAAUACGCGAUCUCGCGGUCCAAAUCAUCCAGUAUCUCUACUCGAAUGGCGCCCCUUUUGUGGUCAACAUCUACCCCUUCCUGAGCCUCUACGGGAACGCAUACUUCCCUCUAGACUAUGCCUUUUUUGAUGGAACCAACCGGCCCUUAAGGGAUGGCAGUUACGUCUACACAAAUGUGUUUGACGCAAAUUUCGACACCCUGGUCUGGUCUCUCGCCAAAGCGGGAUACCCAGACAUGAAGAUCAUAGUUGGUGAGGUCGGGUGGCCAACGGAUGGAAACAAGCAUGCGAACAUUCAGAACGCAAAGAGAUUCAAUGAGGGGCUAAUCCGGCAUGUUCUGAGCGGAAAAGGGACUCCAGCUAGGGAAGGGAAAAUAGAUGUUUAUCUAUUUAGCCUAAUAGAUGAGGAUUCAAAAAGCAUCGAGCCUGGUAGCUUCGAAAGGCACUGGGGUGUGUUCGAGUUUGACGGAAUGCCCAAGUACGAGCUGGAUUUGUCGGGCACGAGGAAAAAUGAGGGUUUGAUAGCCGUGCAGGGUGUGAGGUAUAUGGCAAGGAGGUGGUGUGUUCUGAACCGUAGAGUGAAGGACACGAAUCUGGAGCUCCCGGGGAAUGUGGAUUACGCAUGCAGCUUGUCCGACUGCACGGCUUUGGGGUACGGUUCGUCGUGUAACCACCUGAGUGCGGAGGGGAAUGCCUCAUAUGCUUUCAACAUGUACUAUCAGCUGAAGGACCAGCACGAGUGGGAUUGUAGCUUCUCAGGGUUGUCUACAAUCACAGACGAGGACCCUUCGGAUGAUAGGUGCCGAUUCCCAGUGAUGAUUGCUUGCAGUCAUUCUAUGUUGAUGAAGAAAAAAAUGGUGAAUAUUUUGGUCGUUGUUCUUCAGGGUUGUAUGGUGUUCCUGUUUCUUGAGUCUGAUGUUUGA